AAGACUCUUUAUACAUUAAACCUCAUUUCUCCCCUCCCAAGCAUCUCAUUGUUAGCAUUCUUGCAAUUUCUUGAUUGUGUCUUGUCACAUAAGAAAGAAAGCAAGUCCUUGGUUUCUUUGGUUUUGGUUCUUCUAUAGCCACUAUGGCUAGAAUGCUAGAGCUUGUGUUAUCUCUAUCAGUUCUUAUGUCUAUGAUUUUCUCAUCGACUGCCCAGUCAUGUAAGAGCUAUGCUCUCUCUAGUAACAAAACCUUUAGGGCGUGCAAUGAUCUUCCAUACUUGAACUCGCAUCUUCACUGGAACUAUGAUUCAUCAUCAAACAAGCUUCAAGUUGCUUAUAGACACACAGGAAUCACUUCCUCUAGAUGGGUUGCAUGGGCUAUCAAUCCUACCUCAACUGGCAUGGCUGGUUCACAAGCCCUUGUUGCAUACCAACAAACUGAUGGAACUAUGAGGGCUUACACAUCACCUAUCAGUAGCUACCAAACCUCAUUGCAAGAAGGGAAACUUAGUUUUGAUGUUUCAGAUUUAUCAGCUACAUUAGCAAAUAAUGAGAUAAUCAUAUUUGCUACCAUAGGACUUUCAAACACUAGCACUACUGUUAACCAUGUCUGGCAAGAUGGUGCAGUUUCUGGUAAUGCUACUCAGGUACAUGCCACUAGUGGGGCUAAUGUCAAAUCCAUGGGGACCUUAAACCUUCUUUCUGGAGAAUCUAGUUCUACUGGAGGGAAUGACAGGAUUAGGAAGAGAAAUAUUCAUGGGGUGCUAAAUGCAGUCAGUUGGGGUAUCUUGAUGCCAAUUGGGGCUUUAAUAGCAAGGUAUUUGAAGGCAUUCAUAUCUGCAGACCCUGCAUGGUUUUACCUCCAUGUUGGUUGCCAAUCCAUAGCUUAUAUUGUUGGGGUUGCUGGAUGGGGUACUGGUCUAAAACUUGGUAGUGAAUCAGCCAGUAUUCAAUAUGAUGCUCAUAGAACAAUUGGCAUCAUCCUUUUCUGCCUUGGAACCCUUCAGGUGUUCGCUUUGCUUCUAAGACCAAAACCUGAUCACAAGUACAGAUUUUACUGGAACAUCUACCACCACUUAGUUGGAUACAGUGUUAUCAUCCUCAGCAUCAUCAACAUAUUCAAAGGAUUCAGCAUUUUGAACCCUGAUAAGAAGUGGAAGAAUGCAUACAUUGGUGUGAUUGCUGCUUUGGCCUUCAAUGCUGUCUGGUUGGAAGGCUAUACAUGGUAUCUUGUGGUGAAAAGGAAAAGGUCAGAGAUUGCUGGAAAGAUGCCUCAUGGCAUGAAUGGAUCAAAUGGGGUUAAUGGGUUUGGUGCUAGACAGCGCCAAGGGGUGUGAAUGAGAUGAUGGGAUAUGAGCUGUGGUUUUCUGUUUGUUUUCCCUCUUUAUGUUUUGCUUUUCCAGAGUUGGUGCGCCCUUACGUAUAUUUAUGGAGGCCCCAUACGAGGAUGGAGAUUAAAUUCAUAAGUUAUUCUUUCACUGGUUAGUCUUAGGAAGUUCGUGCCUGCGAAAGAUCCUUGAGAUCUCAUGUAUCUACUUUUCUGUUUAUUUAUCAUGUAGCCCCCUUUUCCUUUGUUUCCUUGAUGGUUUCCUCUCAAUUUGCAACGAAUUUCUUGAUGUCAAA